UUAAACCAUCAGCACCAUCAUCAUCAUCUUCUUCUUCUUCUUCUUCUUCUUCUUGUACUGUACUCUCUCAGAAAAUCAAUCGUGGAACAAAGAAAAGGUUACUCUGGAGCUCGCAAAGCUGGCAAUCGCAAAUCACAACUUCGGGGCCAUAAAGGCCAAUCGCAAGAAAGUCAAAGUCAUGGGGCCGAUGAUCAGAACAGAGGAUGAAAAUCUCUGUCCUUCGUGGCUAAUGCCGAUGCUUCGAGCGAGUUACUUCGUGCCCUGUUCGAUCCACGCCCAUUCGAACAAGAACGAAUGCAACAUGUUCUGUCUCGACUGCACCGACCACUCCUUCUGUUCUUACUGUCUGAUCAAUCACAGAGACCACCGUCUCGUUCAGAUUCGAAGGUCAUCGUACCAUAACGUGGUGAGGGUGAAUGAGAUUCAGAAGUAUAUAGACGUCUCUUGUGUUCAGACAUACGUCAUAAACAGUGCCAAGAUCGUGUUUUUGAACGGACGGCCUCAACCCAGAAUCGGGAAAGGAGCUGCAAACACUUGCGAAGUCUGUUUCCGAAGCCUCCUUGAUUCUUUCCGCUUCUGCUCCCUCGGUUGCAAGCUGGGUGGGGUGAAGAGAGGAGACACGACCCUAACCUUCUUUCUGAGAGGGAAGCAUGGGAGAGACUGCCAAGAAGGGGCGGAAUCAGAUGAGACGACCACACCGACCAAGAUCCGUAAGACCAGCGCUUUCAACCGUCUGAUCGACGGCCUUUCCAUCUCCACCGUCCGAUGCAACAUCCACGGCGGCGGACGGUUAGAUCAACGGUCAUGGAGCUCCGGCGACGAGGCCGGCCUAAAUCUGUCUCCGGGGACUCCUCCGAUCUACAGUCACCGGAAUUCAAGUCGGCGGAAGGGUGUUCCACAUCGUGCUCCGUUCUAAAUAAUUAUAUUUCACCCCCACACUUAAGAAAAUAUUAUAUGUGAUUAUAUAAAUUUUAGAAUAUGUCCAUAACAUGAGAUUAUAGUAAAAAAAAUGUAACUUUUUUUGUCUUUUAGUUUACAAACGACUGUACACAUUUUUUGGUCCUUUUUUUUAUGUAUAAUUAAAUACUAAAAAUUAGAAUAUAUGCAUGAAUGUUAAUGUAGCAUGUUUAGUGAGGGCAUGCUUAAGGA